GAUGUAUCAUGGGUGUUACCACUAUACUCUCGUCUCAAAUAUCAGACGUCUACAUCCUCAGAUUUCGUAUCGCACGACCUGAGUGUCGACACGGUCUUUGAGGGACGUCAAUGUGAUCCAUCGAAUCUACCAUCGUAUCAACUAGAACUUAUCUUGCGGAAAUGGUCUCCUAUAGACGGGAGCCGCGAGUUCAGGUGUUUCGUUUGCGAAGGUUCAAUCCUUGCUCAAGUAAGACGAUGA